ACGGCAGACGAGGAAAAAAAAGGGAACGGUCCGCGCGCGGUUAUCUGGCUGGCACGGUGCAGGGCAACGUCGCAACGAGAACAAGCAAGCAAGGGUCGCAGAGUCUCUUAUUUACCACAGUCUGCUGUGGUCACUGUGGUACAACGUGUAAUGUCCUAGUUGAAGAUGACUAGUGCGAAAAUAUCCAUCGCCAGCUGUUUAGUGCUGUAAGCCCAACCAAGUGAGUGCAGCUCGAGCAACUUCACCGGAAACUGCAAUGGAAAUCGAUAGCACCACUACAGUUCACAAGGUGCGCUUUCCGGAAUCCUUGGAUACGUUCGGGCACGACUCCAGCAUACUGGUUCAGCCACUUAACGAUGUUCACAUCAACGUUCACCUCGGCUUUAUUCAAGUGAAUCACAGAUAUGAAGUGCGAUUCCAGUUUGACAGCCCUCCACAUCUUGGUAGUCUUUCAGUAAGGACACAGGAGCCCCCAAACCUCAACCUUAGGGUGCUCGAGCUGAAGCCCGUAAUCUCUUCAGGGUCCAGGUAUGAAGUCGUUCUGGAAUUCUUCGCCUAUAAAGAGAAACUUCUUCGAGAACAGCUUCUGCUGCAGUCCUGCAACAACCCACAGCUCACACUGACGCUCAUGCUCAAUGCCAGGGUUCUUGGAAAGGGAAAAGGCACACCAUUUCUCAAAACGGGAAUCCACUGCAUUGGGAUUGAAAUGGAUGAAGAUUCAGAACACAGCGACUGGCAAGGCUUUGAAUAAGCCAGUGUUGAAAUUCUUUUGUGUGCAGUUCUUUGCGAGACAGUCUUUUGAGCUGUGAAGUCGCUUAUGUGUUGAACCCGAAGUGUGAAAGGCUGUCUGGUGUAUGCAGUGAUGAAAUGUCUCACCUGAAUAAAGUUGUGCGGCAAAGUCAGACCAGUAAACAAAGCUAUGGUAGCAUAUUUUGCUGGGCCAGUAGUCACACAUUAGUAGUAAGUGCUGUUAAAGGGCCAGUAAACACGCUCGGACUUAUUUUUUACACCCCCCAUACAAGCUCGGCAAUUCGUAGAUUAGACCGCAGCGAUCACGCUUUCUGAAUAUUACAGCGCUGCGUGCCGCGCAGAGCCUAUAUUUUGAAAAACAAAUCCCACGCAUCUUUCCUACGCCUGACCGACGACCCCCUUGCACGCGCAGUGACGUCAACUCUGCGAGGACAUAGCGCGCAGCUCGCCGAAGCAGCUUGCUGAUUGGUCUAAAUCAGGUGUGAAAACAGUAGUGAAGUCAACGUCGGUUCCUGUUCCCACCCACAGCUACGAAACUGCCCCUUGUUUCUUGGCACUGCAGUGAGAGAACCAGCCCAAGACCAGCCUCGCAGUUGUCGCGUGCACGUGUACACUCCUCACUCAACUACAGCGCAUGUGCGCACGUACGAACGUACUUUGCCCUUGACAUUAGCAGCCUGGUUAAAAAGCAUUGCUCUGUCGUCGGCUGCAAAUCGAGCGAAUGGGCAGCGAAGAAGCAUCGGCACUGAGUGCCUUAUGAUGGGGCCCUGCGCGCUGCAUGGCUGAAGUGAAUCGGCCAUCCAGCGAUGUGCGUCGGGGACCUGAUCAUUUGUAGUUGACACUUCGCACCUGAUGCUUACUCGGUUGACCCGCGGCUGGCGUGGCAAACGGUAAACAAACAACCAUGGUUCGCAGCAAGCAGAAGUACGUUGCGACUGAUCAAGUUCACCGAUGGCGUCAAUCGCUGACGUGGUGUCACGUUGCUGAAGUGGGCGGAGUCACGACGAUGGGCUACGCCUUCCCCUUCAUGUAAGAGAGAAGGGGGGCGAGGCCGCGCGAAAAUUUGAAACCAGCUUAGACCGAUAUUCUAACCCCUGUAAUUUCCUUAAUAUAGCAUGUAUUCGCAAAAUUCUUGCGGCAGCAUGUUCGCACAGAAAAACUGCACAUACAUCUCUUCUUAAAAAUUUUUGGACCUCGGGGCUGCUUACUGGCCCUUCAAAGAAACUUGUUCUAUUAGCUAAAGAAGCUGUGGUAGCAUAUUUUGCUAGACCGAUUUUUGUGAACACAAGUGAUUACUAUUUAGGCCACCUGGAAAAUAAGAUUGCCAUGUCUUUUAGGUACAGUAAAGGUGUCUGGUGGGCUAGAUUUUUUUUUUUUUUUUUGUCGUAAUCAUACUACUCACCUUAGAGUUGUGCCUUUUAAACGUAUUUGGUCUUACCGGUGAUUCACUCCACAACUAUUAACCCUGCUGCAAGCUGUGCAUGCAAGGUCAUUUGUUAACCCUUUAACACCCAUGUUUGAAAUGUGUACUUUCUAUGCAGUUUAUACAAGUUUUGCCAAAGAUGAGCCACACUUGUCUCUGUUGCAUUUCAUUUGCUUUCUAGAAACAAAACAUUAUGUUUGACUGAUUUAAGUGCUUGAACUUGUGUUGGCUGUUAAAUCAAAGGUACAAAUGGUAGCAAUGUUGCUGCCUUUAAUGUGUUUUAUAGGGAAGUCUUGCACCACCAUUUAAGUGAGUAUUCUAAUCAGUUCUGUGUCAUUGAUAGUACAUGCGGGUGUGCAAGACUUGUUUUUAGCAAGGCUUACCCAGAAUUGUGGAUAUGGCUGUGCCAAUCACCCUUGCUUAAAAAAAAAGCCAAUUAUUUGUUUGUGUAAAAUUGUAGUGAAGCUGGUAAAUAAGUGCCACCACCUGGUCAAUGCAGAUUGUUUUUAAACUUUGUUGAUCUUCUCACUUGUUCAGUGUUUUUUUUUUCUUUCAUCUCUAUUUUUUUUUCAUAUUGCAGUCUCUUUUUUCUUUCUCCUGGUUAUGCCCUCUGACCUCCUCCUUUCUUUUAUCUUCACCCUCACUUUCCUUUCCCACCUCCUUGCUUUACUAUGCUAUCCAUGGCUAUACUUGCUAGUAGCUGCUAGGUACAUACCCACCUUUUGCUGUUCAUGGAAACCAGUGAAACAAAAAGCCUAACAAAUUUUUUUUCAUUGAAGAUUUUCAUUCGCUAGUAUUGGAUAGUUCAAUAACGUUUACUGUCCUGCAGUACCUAAUAAACAAUAAAAAGCAAGAAUAGCUGACAAACUGUAUUUAGCAAAUGCAAGCUUUUUUUGUUCUAUUCAACUUCAGCAGCCUAACAACUUAAGCUGUAGCAACUUUAGGGAUGCGGGGGGGGGAGCUGUCUUUAUCUGUCGUUUUUGUAGGAAAGGAACCAUCGUGGCAGAUGGAACUGCAUGAGCCAUGGACGCUUUUAAGGUGGCGUGGCCCUUGGAGAACAAUGCCAGUACGAUGCCACCAUAUUCUGCCAUUUUCAUGUACUGAACAGCAAUGCAGCUUUAGUUUGCCUUGUUGGUAACAUAAUGCCAAACUCUGUGGUGUGCAUAGAUGGUCAGUGGCACACGAUGAAACGUGUACAGCAGUGCAUCACUUUGAGCUGUGGGAGCCAUUUGUUGGUGAACCCUCUAUUGCAUGGCGUUCCAUAUUUGGCACAUACCAUUUACUUUUUUUUUUGUGGGUAUGGGCAGCCCAUUUGAGAAUGUUAUACCAUCGGAGUAAUUCUCAUAGUCGGGCAAGUAAUUUCAUAUCUCUUGAACAAUAAGCAAAGUAGAGGCAAGUGCAUUUUUAGAUGUGACGUGCAACUCUGAGGAGGCAAACACAAGAAAUUGAUAUUUUUUUUCUACGAACGUUUUCACCUCACAAGCAUAGAAAAAAUAUUGUGGCGUGCCUAAAACCCAAGCACAUUAUUAGUUUUCAGAAGUUGCUCUUUAACUACACCAGAGAACCCAACAUCGCUGUGUGCCAAAUUCGGCACAGUAUGAACUUGAAAGACAAAAUUGGUAUCGUGGUGCCAUGUCCAGUAAAACGCAAACCAAAUGUAUGUAAUGUGUAGCCUUCGAGCUUCCGUUUUUCAGUUUCCUCCGCGACUGCGGCUAGCAUUUAGAAUGUUGCAGAUAGUAGGAAAUUGCGCGGGAGGGGAUACAGGUGUUAUGUGGUGAAGGUGUGCACAGCUGGGCAAUGAAUGCGUCCACAUUAUCACAGGUCACUCUAUCAUAAGAUGAAAUUUUGUUGCUCAGUAUGGUGAGAAAGAAUCUUCUACCAAGCUGCCGCCCGAAAAGGGAAAAGGAACUGAAAUGUAAAGGACGUGGUGCUUCAGAGGAACUCACAACCACUAUAGAUGAUCCUGUCAUAACGCUAUUAACAUCAUAAACUGGUAUGUAGCACAGGAUUUGGUAGAGUUAUCGUGUGUGCAAUGGUAUGAUAACUGCGCCAUGACAUUUUUGUCAAGCUUUGUUGGGAGGGAUCCAGUCCAAAAGGCUACACGUUGGUUUACUUUAGCCAAGGAGUUUUGUUAGGAUGAUUGCCCCAGCGUAGUAAAGGUCUACAACAGACACAUAGGUGGAGUCGACCAGCUCGACUCACUGCUUAGACAUUGCUGCAUGCAUAUCAGGUCGAAGAAGUGGCACUUUCGAGUUUUCACACAUAUGCUAGACUUAUCCGUUGUAGCAGCAUGACUACUGUGCAGGGGGUGCAGGAGCAGCUUGGGGAAAAAAUAAGUGCUACCGCUGGCUCAAUUCAAAGCAGAAACUGCAGAAUCCCUUACUUGUCACGAGUGCCUACUUAAAAAGCAACCAGAAAAGCCUUCUAGAGAAGACAUCGAAUUCCAGGCUCAAGCCAAAAAAGCACGGUGACCGGCUGCACCAAUUACCGCCAAAGGCGCCCGAUCUCGCCAAGCCGGCCACUGGCCAGAAUUUGAUGAAAAGAGACAGUAAUGUAAGCGGCCAUCUUGCACUAAAUAGUCGUUAAUAAGAUGCAAGAAGUGCAAUAAUUAUCUGUGACUGAACACUGCAAACAACCAUUUUGUUUGAUUCCACACAUCACUCUAAAACGAAGACCUUCCAAGGUGCUAUAUUUUUAGCCCAUGGCAGCAAGACCGCUCUGCCAUCUUCAUGGUGUGCCAUAUUUGGCACCCUGCUAUAUCUUUAUUAAUACAGCCAUUAUAACUCUGAAGCCCGUGUGCUCAGAUUUGGGUGCACGUUAAAGAACCCCAGGUGGUCAAAAUUUUCGGAGCCCUCCACUACGGCAUCUCUCAUAAUCAUAUAGUGGUUUUGGGACGUUAAACCCCACAAAUCAAUCAAUCAAUUAUAACUCUGAAACUUUUUGUACACAUUUAGGUUCAAUCAAUCAGUAAUAAAAGCUGAAGAAAAUUUUUAAAAUGAUUUUUUCCUAAUGCAUGCAAUACAGGGUUAAGGAAAAGUGCCGACUGUAGUGAAAUAACAUUUUUACUCUAAUUCAUCAUUUUUUUACAGAUCUUGCAAAGCUUUAUUAUGCAUGAAAGGAGUGCAAACUGUUAUUCUGCAGGAGACUGAUACUUCCUUCACACUUCUUUCUGCCUGCAUGCUGGCUUUGCUGUUAUGAAACUCCAGUAUUUUGUGUUAAUCUUACUUCGUCAUGAAAGGCCUGUAAUUUUGCACUGUUCAGUUGAAGUAUCAAGCUGUGCAUUACACUUUGCCGCUUCUACAUCCAUGUAUAGAGCCAUACACAUUUGCUUUGAAAUCUUCUCAAAAGAGAUUUCACUGUUGCUUUGCUCUUGCUCGAAUUGUGCAUAAAGCACAUACACAUUUUAUUGUUGCUAUAUUUCAAUGUGAAACUCGGCAUUUAUUUGUCUAGUUUUCAAAACAAAAAAAAUGUGAACUUGCAUUCACCUAUAAGAAAUUAUGACACUUUCUAAUGUGAAAUUUCAGCACAGCUGUAUGUAUGUUUUCAUUUUACUAUUGGCUGGUAUGAAUAAUCUGUCUCAUGUGGCAUGUUGCUAAUAGAAGUGUAGAAUGACUGAAAGCUGGAGGCACAGUGGGUUCAACUUAAAUUGAAGUUGAUAGGUGUAACCUUAAGAGACAAAAAGAUAGCAGAGUGGGCCAGGGAACAGUUUAGCUGAAAUGAGGAGGGAGAAGAAAUGGACAUGGACAGGGCAUGUAGCGCAUAGGCAAGAUUAAUGCUGGGCAUUUAGGGUAACUGAUUGGAUUCUAAGAGAAGGCAAACAUGCGUAGUGGAGGCCGAAAGUUAAGUGGGGAGAUGAGAUUAGGAAGUUUGCAGGUGUAAUGUGGCAGCAGCUAGCACAGGACUGCGUUGAUUGGUGAAACAUGGCAGAGGCGUUUGUCCUGUAGUGGGCGUAGUCGGGCUGAUGACGAUGAUGAUGGUGGCAUGACUGCCUUUUCUAUCCAGAGGUCACGAGUGCUAGUGCAUGGACACCAUUCACAGCCGCUGGCGCCGACUGACAGACAGACCUCCCAGAUGACGUGCGCUACUCUGGGGCCAGCUCAGUCUCAUGCGGCACUUUUUCUCUUUUCGCCCUUUCACUGAUAACCUUUUGCCAUGUUCCUUUUCUUCGUUAUGACGGAUGAGGCUUGCCAAUGCUCAACACAAGAAUUGGGCACCUGAGAGCUACACUCUAAAACUACCUGCAUCAAAGCCAGCAUUCGCACGGAAUUUAGUCACUGUAUGCUGGCACCUGUGGGAAAGAACUAUUUGGGAAAAGGUUACUGAAUGCAUGGAGGAAGAAAAGAAGAAAGGAGAAAACACUAAGUCACACGAUUAAAGCCCAUCAGGUUGGCCCUAUACAUGAUCAAAACGCCAAGAGCGUGCGUUAGCUCUUAAUAUUCCCAGUGUGACAUUCCGUUCUUGAACCUCUUCGGUGAGCCUGCCGGUGUGCGCCAAACAAGUAUGCUUCGGUUAAAAGCUACCAGGCGCCAUACAAUCGUGUCUCAGUGAAUCUCAUUUCUUAUGUGAUCUUGGCACGAAAGCCCAUGUGUUAUGCUGAUACAGCUGGCUUCAAAACGGGUCGACUUGCCAACAGUGGCUGCGUAGCAUAAUACUUCCUUCUUUCCUUUUCCUUCGUCCAUGACUGCAUGUGUAAAGCUGUUGAUUCGAAAAUGCCAAUCUGUCUGCUUGCUUUUCUCCCGUGAUAGUAACAUGACAUUUACCGAUUUUUCUGUAAAAUAGACAAAAAAAAGUUUCCAUGAUCAGACUAUAGACAAAAAAGAAUUGAAGACACCUAUGAGCGUUUCUAUUGUGUUAGGAAUGCAAAGCAAUAAAGUUCACUUAAAAACGCAAGCCCAGUUCGAAAUUGAACGUCUGUUUUGAAAAUCUCUACCCCCAAUGCUUUUAUUUUCAAAUUGAUUACGUUUUCUUAUACAUUUUCUCAAUACUUAUUUCUAAGUUGAAGUUCAAAUGCAAGCAACAGAUUGCACAGACAAAAAACGUGCAAUUAAAACUGGUUUCCAAGAGCAAGCAUGGCAUAGCGAUGCUCCCUCUCUUCGUACACCACUUGUUGUCCCCCUUCUCCUCGCUAUCUCUAAUUAAACUUAAGGAAAGCUUGUUUUUCAGAGCAAACUUUGGUACAACUUGUGUAACAGUCAGACAUGGUUAUAUUGAACUUAAAGACUGAGAUUGAGACCCCAACUGCAUGACCAUAAGGCUAUUAGAAAAUAUAUUUUUUAAAGAAAUAUUCUAUAGAGUUUAUUACUUGAGCAAUAAACAUUCAUGUUUAAUAUAAACGAGUUUGAUUUGAUUUCAUAUUGAGGUAUUGUCUUGUGCUCAAGUUAUUUGCAAGAAGUAAGGAACAUGGCUGUUUAAGGGUUAGCCAAUAGGGAGAGAAAAUAUGCUAGAAUGCAAAUCUACAUCUACUGUGUCCCCAAAGAAACUUUUUCUACAUUUUGAUAAAGUGUGUGUGUGCGUGUUGUAUGUGUGUGCACGCAACAACAGCUAUGCUCAGCCGGCCUGACAUCAGCCAUAUGCUUGCAGCCUGCCCACUUAUUUGCAUUUCCAUAUUAUUUGCACAAAAUCUGCUAAGUUGGCUGGCCAACAAUCUGCAGUUGUAAUUCUUCAAGUUUUUUUUUUUAGCAAAUGACUUGUGAUUUACUGGAAUUUCUCUCUUUUUUUUUAAACUGUACAACGCAGUAACAACAAUAAGCCUAACAAAGCAGUUCUUCACCAAAUAUAAGUGAAUAAUGAUUCCAGUACUUUUGUAGACAUUGUAGCCCAAAUUUUAUUGCACAUUUAAAACCAAUUGCAGUAAAGCACUGUUGGGCUACCAGAAAUACGGCUACAUGUAGCAGUGGUAGCAGCAAGCCAAUUAAGACUACCAUGGGCAAUCUUGUUUGCUAUUACAUUUAUGCUGCUUUUUGAAGACGUUUCGUUUUUCUUUUUUUUUACUUGUCAUUGAAUGUCGAACCCCGGUGAUAACAGUUACAGACAGCUGAGCCCUUAAAGGACCACAGAAAGAUAAUGAAGUAAUCACAAGAAGAAGACACUGUAUUUGCCUUUUUUUCUUUCAAUUUUUUUGUGCAUGGAUGUAUUCUUUUCCACAUCCUGUACUUGCGUUUAUGUUUGACCAUUUGUCACAUUGGCAAAUUUGUGUUUAGAAAGGUUUUAACUUGUCCUUAGUUCAAAAAGAGGAAACUGAUUUUAGGUAACUGUGUUCGACCUAUAGUCUGACAAGUAUGAGCUUUAACAUUAUGUGAAAGGCACUAAACUGUUUUCAAGUUCAGGGUCCAACAAUACUUAUUCUGCAAGCAUGCUACCUGCAAGGUACAGUGCUCACAGAUUGAAACACAUCUAAGCACCUGGUGUGCACAAUUGGUCAAGAAAACGACGUCAUGUUGCUGUGCAUCCGGGCUCUGACUGCGACAUUGGCUCUGAUAUAAGCGUACAAGCCAAUAUUAUCCCAACAAGACAUGAGCUGAAGGUUGAAAAUGACAGUAUUUGCAUUACUUCACCUUAAAUUGAAGAGUCUCAUUCCAAGAGCACUACUCAUAUAAGGCUCAAGAAAAUGAAGAUGGCAGUACAAUGGAAAGAGACUGCGUGCUGUGCAAACACACUAUGAAAAUAGGUGCACAAUUGGAGUGAACCAUGAUCAGAACCUGUGUGCACGUGCAAACAGAUUUGUAUUCUUGAGUGGAGACGGCAUGCACACUAAACCAUUUGAAACCACUUGCAGUAGCUGCAUCAUCUUUGCAGUCUGAGCUGAAGUAUUGUGGUAAAAAAAAUCAGGCUCUGUUGCAUAUAAAGCAGUGCUGUCCACUUUUCUGUUUGUAUUGGUGCAUAAGUGCUGUUGUCUGUUAUUCAAUGGCCCCUUCAACAUGAAAGUACAGAGUGCUGCCACUAGGUGUUUCAAGUGUAUGCAUAUUGGUGUAUGAGGCAGAAGUCUGAUGAAUGGUGUUUGAGCCAUAAUACUAGUGUAUAUAGUGUAGAGCACAUCUGUAGUGGAGAGAAGCAUAUUUGCUGAAAAGAUAAUCUUCUUAGCAAGUCGACUGGCUGGCUUUGCCCAACUUGUCUGGUGCCUAAUGUUUAAUGCCUUCAAUGCAUGAUGUAGGGUACUUCAGGUCACUGUGUACAAUGUACUUUUCAGAACAUAACUAGGAUUUUUGCAUUCCUGUUUCAACCCUUUGACUAGAGCGACAGUAGUGCUGUCAUAACCAAUGGACAGAAAUGAAAGGGUACUGUGCCACCACUGUGUUCUGGUUUUAUGUUCUUUAAACUUGACUGAACCAGUGUCACUUUUAGGAGUGUUGUUACUUUUGUGCAAGAGACUGUACAGUUCACAUCAAAAGUUUUUAUAAAGUGCUUUAUAUUGCAAUAAACUGUGUGGCAUCUUACACAGUAUGCCAUGACUGUAUAAAUAG